AGCUAAUCAGACACUGCGACUAUAAAUACGAUCCACCAGCUAGUCUCAAUCAAGCAGUAGUGCAAACGACUGAUUGAGUAAACAAGUAAAAUGUUCCCAAAAUACUUUUUCGCGCUUUGCGCUCUUGUGUUUUUCGCUGCCGUGGCAGACGCAAGAAUAGUACCGCAGGCUGAUAUAAAUUCUCUGGAUUUGGAAAAUGUUCAACUAGAAGCUUCGGAUUCCAAAGUCCAAGAGGAAGUCUUUGAUGAGUCCAUCGAAGCUCGCAAUCCGCUUUUGCAAGUAGCUAUCAAUAUCAUUAAGGCAGCCUUCAAAUGGGCGGCUACCCACUGCAUCAAGGAAGCAGCCGAAAACUGCAAACAAUACUGGAACCACCCUGGUCAGCUCGUGUCCUGCGCUGGAAACUUCUUCAAGGCUAACAAGGGACGCUGUGCUCUCGGAUAAAGCGAUGCGCCAUCUUCACUCACUCGCUACCCGUGCUUUCAGUUGUAAAAAAUUUACAGUUUUUAAAUAAAUUAUUCUUUACUGAAAUCAA